CACACCACAGAGCGGGUUCAACAUUGUUGCCACUUUAAACAUGCUGUGUUUUGUGGAAAUUUCGAUUGCCAUAUUAUAGAGUUAGAAGAGAGAGAUACGCUACUCUACACGUACACUAUUACUGCUGUACUACUACGGGCUAUAGCCAGGCAGGUUUGUUGAAUUACUGGAAUUGAAAGCAGAUGGAUCAAAGUGACAUUGUUCCACAACUCCUUAAUGAUAACCAGCUGUAUCUACAGUCAUUGAGGCUUCAGGGUUUUCCAUCCAGUCAUUGUGUAGCACCAUUGCAAUCUACUGCAACAGUGUCACAUCCGUACAUAGCUCAACACACUAUGCCAUCACAUGGUACACCAGGCCUACAGGAUGGUCAGCUCCAAACACCAAAUCUCAUGACUGGGGGAGUGUAUGCUUCUCAGCAACGCCUCAACCCUACACUGCAACAGAACACAUGUAAACCAAGACUAGAGGCACCACUGGGUUAUACCCAGAUGUUGAGACCAGUAGCUUCACCUGGUGUUACCCAUGGACCAUCAUUGAACCAGGACCACACAGCAAAUCUGUUGCCUGAGGUUCCAUUAAGUGCACAAUUUAAUAGAGACAUGAGUUCACAGACUAAGAGGGCACCAGUCUUAAAUCAUAGGCCUCAUUAUCCAUUUCACCAAGAACUCAAUAGAAGUGCAUUGGAUAUGCCUGGUCACAGUGGUGGUAGCCCCCCAGUACAUGUAUUUGGACAGCAUAGUGAGGAGAGUAGGAUACAGUGUCCAAGCAGUAAUGUUCCAUUCAGACCUAAUCUUGGCCCUCACGAUAUUAACUUCAUAAGAAGGUUGCGAAAGAGAGAGCAAAAUGCUCAAAACAUGUGGAAGCAAAGGGAGCAUGUUCAUGGCAAAAGAAACCAGAUGUCAUUAGAGGAUAGCUAUGAUGAACUACCUCCAUCCAAACAGUUCAUCAGUGAAGACAAAAUGGCUGCCAGCAUGAGUAACUUGAGGAUUACUGGUGACAAUAAGAUGUCUACUCUAGAGAAACGAUGGAAGAUGGCAACCAAAGAUGCUAACAGACACUUUGCAGAAAUUGAAAGCAGAUUAUCCGAUUCAGAGUCUGAUAUUGAGUCUGAUUCAGAAUGCAAGGAGUCAGGAGAUAAUGUUUAUAAACGCAUUGAAGUCAGCCCUGAACUAAAGACAGCAUUAAGCCAAAAGAAGGGACCUCUGCCAGAUUCAAUUAUCAAAUCAAUGUCCAGUAACUGUACACAACUCGUCCUGUGGAAACCACCAUCGGCAUACAUAGACAACAUUAUAUCGUUAACAAAGCCAGAUGAUGUACAGCAAUCAUCCAGUGUGUUACCUGACCGAACUGCUGGCAUGCAGGAGGACAUGCAGAGUAUUAUUAGUCCAUCAAGCACUAUCACACAACUUUUUGAUUCUACAGACGAUGAUAUGGACUUGUAACCAAGAUAUGAAAUGGACAUUACCAGACCUUCAACUUGAUAAAGUGAAUAGAGUCAGAAGUUUGAUCUAUUAAACUAACCUUCAAUGAAUUGACCAAUGACACCUGUGAUUAAGAACCCCAAAGUCUGGAAAGUCUAAGUGAAAGCCCACUGUUUAAGACCCACACAUGUAGCUAUGUGGGCACUCUUGCUAGUCAUUUGCUAUAGUAGGUUUGCUAUCGUAUCAAUGUCAUUGCAAGAUACUGUCAAAUAUUACAAUAUUCAUUGCUUUUAUAAAGAUACACAACAGUUUCAGGUUGUAUGCCUAGACUGGCUAACCCUGAACAACGCUUGAACAAGUAGAGAGACCACCUUUGUGGGGCUAAUAAACUCAGUUGGUAAAGCACCCAAGGACGCAGGUUCAAGUCCCACUCUAGUAAGCUUGUCUUUGUUCAACACAAAAAUUAUUUGCAUUCUAUAAUGAUCUUGCUCCUUAUUCGUACAACAAAAGGAUGAAGCUCUGAAAAUGGGCAUUACGCGGAAAAGAUUUUGAGCAUGAAUUGUUUUGCCCUUAUCCGGACGAAGUGUUGGACACCAUGUGCAACAUUCAUGCACAUUGCUUCACAAUGGAAUGUUAAGGCAUCAACCAGUCAUCAGACCGCAACCACAAUAGGAUGUUCCUAAACUGUUCUAAAUCAUUUGUUUGGAAAAAUCAUGCAAAAUAAAGAUGUCUUCCGUUGUCAAGUGGUUUAAGACGAUACCAUUUAUCUGUUGGUCAAGAUGAGAAAAGAAUUUAUUGAAUGGAUGUUUAUAAGUUGUUUUAACUGAUGCAAACCCUGUCAGGGGCAUACGCUCAAACAACAAGUGUAGUAGCAUCAUUAUGAACAUCAUUACCUAAACAUGUAUUAUCCACAUGGAACAAGUGAAUCGGUUUAUAAGUAUUUGUUUCCGUCUAAGACUGUAUUGCCUGUGGGUGUAUUCCCUGCUCAUUUCAGUGAAGUAAUUCUCAACUGUUUGCGACUACAUGUACAAACAACCACCAAUCAACUCUCUCAUCUAGAACCCCAAGAUUCAAACUCUUCCUGUUCAAGAGGAUUGAUGAUUCCUGUUUAGUUAAUCAUUUUGCCCGUAUCAGAAAAUUAAAGACACUGGACACUAUUGGUAAUUGUCAACGACCAGUCUUCUCACUUGGUGAAUCUCAACAUAUGCAUCACUUGGUGUAUCUCAACAUAUGCAUAACAGUCUACCCGCACGUCACUAAUUUCCUUUUUGAUUUGUCUGCAGAUUAUGCAUCGUUUUUUGUGCGUGACCUCUGUGUGAAUAUUAAUUGGUCAAAAGGGCUUCUGGAAUUCGGUAAUUUUCAGCCUUUUCUGAAAAGUCUCAAUGAAAAUAAGGUACCAGUAAAUUAAAACGAAGAGCAUAUCUGUUGUUAUGUAUAAAAAAAAUCGGUACAACUCAAAUUUGAAAAAGAGAAAUUUGUACA